AUGGGUAUAUGGGAUUUGAUGAUGCAUUCAUUACUCGACUUUGGUACGCUGCCCCGUAGUACCGUUGAGCGUAUCUUGCUCUCAUCCCUACCAACCUCUGAGCCAUGGACUGCAUGCGCUCAGCCAACGGCGCGGCAUUGUACCGUUGACUGA